GCUGUGCGGCGCGAUCCGCGCUCCCCGACGGGGCGGCCGGCGGCGGGACGGAGCGGAGCGGUCCGGCGGCACCGCCACCAGCACUCGGGGUGCUUGUGUCUGCGCUCCGGCCUCGCCUCUGCGCGGGGAAGAAACCCGACUUUUUGUUUCCCGAUCCUCGUUGUUUCAUUUUUUUCCUCCUUUUUUUUUCCCCCCAAUUCCUUUGCUGCGAUCGCUCGAGGACCUCGCGGCGGUGACGGCGGGACGGAACGAAACAAACUCCUUUUGCACCUAUUUUGUGCUUCAUUUCUUCGAUUUUCAAUUGUGGUUGGCUUUUGCAUUUUUUUGCCUCCUGUUCGGGGUUUUUCGGGGGUUCUUUUUGUUGGGGCUUUUUUUUUUUUCCCUCCUUUCCCCCUCCCCACACUUUCGAUUUUUAUUUUUUAUUAUUAUUAUCAUUACAAUUAUUUCUUUUUUUCUGCGGAACUUUGGAGGAUCCCUGCCCGGCUUUUAGCAUGAUGUCGUACCUUAAACAGCCCCCUUAUGGCAUGAACGGGCUGGGGCUGACGGGCCCCGCCAUGGACCUGCUGCAUCCCUCCGUGGGGUACCCCGCCACCCCACGGAAGCAGCGGCGGGAGCGCACCACCUUCACCCGCUCGCAGCUGGACGUGCUGGAGGCACUCUUCGCCAAGACCCGGUACCCCGACAUCUUCAUGCGGGAGGAGGUCGCCCUCAAGAUCAACCUGCCCGAAUCCCGAGUCCAGGUCUGGUUCAAGAACCGCCGUGCCAAGUGCCGGCAGCAGCAGCAGAGCGGCAGCGGGGCCAAGAGCCGGCCGGCCAAGAAGAAGUCAUCGCCGGCUCGCGAGAGCUCGGGAUCAGAGAGCAGCGGGCAGUUCACGCCGCCGGCCGCGGCCUCCAGCUCAGCCUCCUCGUCCUCCUCCAGCUCUGCCUCGUCGGCCCCAGCCGGUGCCCCGGCAUCCCUCAGCACCCCGGCGUCGUCCAUCUGGAGCCCAGCGUCCAUCUCUCCCGGUGCGGCACCAGCAGGGGUGACGGUGCCCGAGCCCCUGCCGCCGGCAGCCGCGUCCUGCAUGCAACGUGCCGGCCCCACCGCCGCCGCUGCCUCCACCAGCUACCCCGUGUCCUACGGCCAAGGCGGGGGGUACGGGCAGGGUUACCCUGCGCCGCCCUCCUCGUCCUAUUUCGGAGGCGUGGAUUGCAGCUCCUACCUGGCGCCCAUGCACUCCCACCACCAUCCCCACCAGCUCAGCCCCAUGGGGCCCUCCUCAGUGCCCGGCCACCACCACCACCACCCACUGAGCCAGAGCUCAGGCCACCACCACCAUCAUCACCAUCACCACCACCACCAGGGUUAUGGCAGCACCGGGCUGCCCUUCAACUCUUCCGACUGCCUGGACUACAAGGAGCCUGCCGCUGCCGCCGCUGCCUCCUGGAAGCUCAACUUCAACUCCCCCGACUGCCUCGACUACAAGGACCAGGCGUCCUGGCGCUUCCAGGUCUUGUGAGGGGCUGACCGCCAUCCCCCCCACAAGCUGCCGUGGACCCCUCGCCCAGGGUCUUCCCACCACCUCCCGGGCAGGACUCUGGCUCCGGCUCUUCCUCCGUCUCCUCCUCUCCCCUCUUCAUUUGCAGUGGUGAUGCCCCGGGGUGGGGGUCCUGCCACCCCCAUCUCUACUGACUGAUAUUUAUUUGCUUCCUGCACCCCUCCAGCGGGUUUAUUAUAAUUAUUAUUUUUUUAAACGCAACAGAAGAGGAGUUUAAAAAAGAAUAAUAAUAAUAAUAGUAAUAAUAAUGCAAAGCCGAGCGUCUCCCCUGCUGCCCCCCGGGCAGAGGCGCAGGCUGGCUCCUGCCCUUCCGGUGCCCCCCCAGAUUCAAGUGGGGACCCUCACACCCUCCUCCGGGUGCGGGAGCCCCCCGGCUCGCCGGUCCUGUACAGCCUCUUGCCGCUGGGAGCGGUGGGAUCAAUGUAAAUACUGGGUCCGUUCCAGUGACCACGAUUGUUUUUAGUUGAUGCUGUCGGGUUGGCGUUUCUCUAGAGUCUAACAUGGAGCAGAACUUUAAAAAAAAUCCUUUUUUUUUUUUUUUUUUUUAAUCUUAAUUUUAA